CUAUCAAGGAAGCGAGAAGAGUGUAAUGUAUUUGAGCCAACUGCAUUGAUAAACCAGGGGAAUUCUUCUCCGGUACAGAACAACAUUGAUUAUUGCAUUGACUUGGAAGAAGUCAAGGAUGAAUUGAAAACGCUUUUCUGGCGAAAUGACGAAAAAAAAAUAUUUGAUGCCAUGGAGAAAACCUUCCCGAUCCGACGAAAGUUUUUGAAAACACCACUAAAGAAGAACAUUCUUCUAGAGUAUCCAAGGUUUUUGGAUACACGGGGAUUGAUUCAGCUUGAUUUCCAAUUGCUUUUCCCUGAUAAGAACAACUGCUUGAAGGAGUUGUUUGAUGAAGAAUUUCAAACAAAGCUAUGUACUUUGGGAAAUACUCAAGCAAUGCGCAAAAUAGACAAUGGAUGGCCCACGCCAAUUUGGGCAACUCUCAACUGGCUGUCACUGUUGCCACCAACUGGUGGAGGUCGAGGUCACCAAGGUAGACCAAGUCUCAAAGAAGCCUGCGGAAAUUUGAUACAGUUUUACGAGGCAGGCAGAGUGCCUGAUGCAAAACCGUCUGCAACUAUCAUCGCGCAGGGGAACACAAGGAGCGACAUCAGAAAGUUUUACGUGUCUUUGGAUGAGAGUCUCAUAGUAACCAAUGAUUCCUUUCUUGAUGCGUUGGACAUUAUGUUCAAGAUGCAUUUUGUAUUCGAUUUGGAGUAUGAAGCCUCACUGCGCAACUUUUUCCGUUACAUUCAGAACUACGUGUUCAAAAUUAAGGGAAAUGAAACUCCCAAUACUACUAUCAAUAAGUGUCGUAUGAUUUUGAUGUCCAAUGAGUAAUAUCAAGUGCCAAAUUUGUGAUAAAUUUUUUGAAAACCCAGCAGUUUAUAUUAAAGAUCUGCAAUAUGUGCACUUAUUCAAUUAUGGACCGAAAACAGUUAUAAAAUGCGGAUAUAUAUCUUGCUCAAAAACUUUUGCAUCGCUUAAAGGAUUAAAACAUCAUAUGAGUGUUUGUUUCCACGGACAAAUCCCCAGUGUUUCUUCACGUUCAUUGCAACCUAAUGCUCCUAACAAUUCAAGAAACGACCAAUCAACUUUAAUAGAAGAGUCACAACUAACUUUUUCCGAAUAUUAUGAAUCAGAUGUUUCCGUUCAAAGUUUAGAAAAAAGCGAUCAUGAAGAAUUAAUUUCUAGCUUAAAAAAUUUUGCAAAUGAUAUACACAAUUUUACUGUCUCCAAUGUUGUAUUAAAUUUCAUAUUCACUUUCCUUUAUUUAUUUUUGAAUAUUUUGUUUUCAAUAAUUAGAAGUAUUAUAAUGUCAUCUCCUCGCUUGGAAGUUGCAUUAGAAAAGCUUUCUGAAAUUCAAACUUCAUUAACCGCAGUCGUGUCUGACAGUAAAAGUACAUAUAUGAGAAGAAAGAACGUAUUUUCUAAAAUGCCAGAACCGGAAGAAAUUUUGUUAACUAUGAAAACAAAGAGGAGAAUGGAAAUAAGUAGUAAAACUUUUUUGAAUGUACAACAACCAGUUACAUUUGCUAAGAUAAGCCUAAUAGAAACAUUAAAAUUUGUUUUUAACUUGCCCCAAACUCAGACAUUGAAGUAUUCACUUGAUGAAAAUGAACAUGACUCAACUUUGAUCAAAGGCUUUCAUGACGGUUCUGUCUUUAAGACUAAUUUCAAUAAUCUGAACAAAAAUGAAUUGAUUUUUAUAAGUCUUUAUUUCGAUGAAUUUGAAACAGUGAACCCGAUUGGAACAAAAAUUGGUAAACAUAAAAUAGGAGCAUUUUAUUUCAAUAUUUGUAACGUUCAACGAGGACAAAAUUCAAAGUUGGAUCAUAUAUAUCUCUUUGCACUAAUAAAAAUGGAAGAUUUGAAAAACAGUGAUUUCAACGAUGUUGUAAAGGUUCUUAUUAAAGACUUUAAAAAACUGGAAAAUGAAGGGGUGGAAAUUAAUUGGAAUGGCAGUAUUAAAAAUAUUAAAGGGUUCUUGCUAAACAUUUGUGGUGAUAAUUUAGGUCUAAACCAUCUGCUGGGUUUUAAAAAAAAUUUUAACAGCGACUACUUUUGUCGCAUAUGUCUUUGUAAACUUGAUGAGAUACAGUACAAAUUUCGAGAAGAAGACUUUUCAAUGAGAACCAAAGAGACUUAUGAAAAUGAUGUUUCCAAAUUAGGUAACAAUUCAGAUCAUAUUAGAGGAGUCAGAGAAAACUCACUUUUUAAUGAUUUGCAAUAUUUCCAUGUGGUGGAAAAUCCUUCUAUAGACAUCAUGCACGAUGUCUUAGAAGGGGUUGCUCAAUAUGAAUUGAAUUUAUUUUUUAAUUAUCUAAUUGAUCAUAAGCAUAACACCCUACAUGAGAUUAAUUCUUUGAUAUCCUCUUUCAAUUUUGCUUUUGAAGAAAGGAGAAA